AAAACACCUUUCCCCUCCAGUCCUCGACUGCGUAUCUCAACACUAUGCCGCCCUCGGUGGCGCAUCUGCACACGCUGCUCGCCAGGAAUGCCAAGAUAGUCAAGGCAGCCUGGAAGCAAGCCUCUCGUCUCGUCGAAACACAUCUCGGAGCCUCUACUCGCGCAGCACAAACCGAAUUACAACCUAUAGUCGUCCGUAAUGCUGCUCGUCACCCUGUUCAUCCACUUGCUGCUCUCAAGCAAAGCAAAGGCAGGUGGUACUCGACGCACAGUGCUAUAGGCUCUUUCGUUCGACGAUUUACCACUCAAGCCAAAGCAGUUUCGAGAUACGAUCGCGCCUCUUUUCCUAAGUCCCGCAUCGGAUCGGCCGUAAAUGCAUCCAGUGGUCGGGCUCCCUUUGCGACAACUCUGCGGCCCAAUCUAACCGGCGGUACACUCGGCCGUUCUGCAGGCGGAUAUGGUUUCGGUGGUGGUUCGGCAAGAUACUUCUCGCAUGGGCCAACGGCACCAGCUCAGGUUGUACAGAAUGUGUCUCAGGCUGUACGAGCUUUCUUGAUCUCCGGGCAGAAGGUACAAUUCAAUGGCGUUGAUCCGAUUACCGGUGAGAAGCGAUACAAAGCUAUCACACCACUACAGGAUAAUGUGAACCGCAAGGUCAACAAACUUCCCAAGGCUACUCCUGGCUCCUUCAUCGACUUCAAAAUCAACCCUACAAUAACUGCACUGACACCCCUGAGCGCCAUUGCUGGUUUCGCACCAGCCCAUGGCCCGGACAACCUCAACACUGACGGUCUCAAAGACGUCUUGGCCACUGACUUCUCAAGAAGUCUCAAGGAGCUUUCUGCAGUUCUCAAUGACCUGAAUCGCCUGUCCGCUCUUGGGGACCUACCUAUAAGCUAUCAAGGAACGUCGUUGCGCGUGCAUUUCCCAGGAUGUGAUGCGGAAACUGUUUUGAAUCUUUGCGAUGAAAUGGGCAUAUCACGCGGCAUCAUCACGCAAGAUGAGGAGUUUGAUGCCUUUGUCGGUACAGACAUAGCGCUUCUCUUCCCUUUCGCCCCCGAUGGUACCGCGUCCGAGUGCUCGUUCUACGAGAAGCCAAUCGACCACAGAGGCUAUGCACAAGACAAGGUGCAAUGGCAGACGAUGCUUACUCCUGAACGGCAAUCAGCUGUCGAGUAUUCCACAAAGUCUGAUACAGGUGAAGACUUCGAAGACAUUGCGGGCGAAAAUCCGUGGCUGUCGUCACCGUCUGAAUUCGACAGUCUAUAUGCGAGCGACAUGAGUGAAUCUAUGAUUUCCGAUCAUGCCUUCGACAAGCAUACUCCUUUGGAAUACCAAGGGUUUGAAGGCAUUUAUCGGUUCAUGGAGCAUUGUGAAUCAGCUUCAUCCUGGCGGUGAAGUGGUGUAUCAGUCACAGUAGGCUACAAUUUGUACUAAGGCGUUCUUGAUUAGGUGAUGAUGCCAGGGCAUGUGACACCUCAGCUCCAGCAGAGGCGAAUGCAUGCCAUACCAACACUACGUGCGGACUAGCAUUUUUCUUUUGUACAGAUACCAAUGAAAUCUACUAUAUGCGACAUGCGCUCCUGAACAUAUCUCGACGAAAAUCACACUCGCUGCAUGCUGACUACUCUUUGUAGAAAGUUCCCCUUUCCAUCUACGUGCUCGAUCUCUCCAUCCUUGGCAGCCUUGACUUUCUUGGAUAUCUGUAUGUCCCCAAUCUUCCACGCUCUUAGCAACACCAUGCAUAAUGCAGCACCCAUAUACAUAAAACCGGCAAAGAGCUGCGCACCGAGAUAUUUGCCCCCAUUCAUGGUCACUAUC